GGGAGUUUAAGAAAAAUGGAUCAUUUAAUUCUUUGCUUUGUUUCCUUAUUUGGUUCCAUAAGAAGAAACGUAACAAAUUUUUAUUACACGGCUCUGAAGAAGACUCUACAUGAAUCCUCUGAAGGGUUUCAAGUUAUCUUAACCGCGGAGAAGAGCUAUCUCACGGCUCCUCACCACGCGGAGCUGGUGGAGAACAAAUGGGGUGGGAGCACUCUCGUCACGGUUGAAGAAACAAAGAGAAAGAUAUCAGAAAUUCUGAAGGAAUACGUGGAGAACGGUGACACUCGCGAGGCUUGUAGAUGCAUCAGAGAGCUAGGCGUCUCUUUUUUCCAUCACGAGGUCGUGAAGAGGUCUUUGGUUCGAGCUAUGGAGUCUCCAACAUCCGAGCCGCUGAUGCUAAAACUGCUGAAAGAAGCUGCCGAGGAAGGUCUCAUCAGUUCGAGUCAGAUGGCGAAAGGCUUCUCCCGUUUAGAAGAGAGUUUUGAUGACCUUUCUCUAGACAUACCAUCUGCCAAAGCUCUGUUUGAAUCAAUAGUUCCAAGGGCUAUAGCAGGAGGUUGGCUAGACCAAGAUGCCUUCAUCAAAGGAGUCUCUGAUCAAAACGGAGACUUGCCAAUCGAAGAUGAAAAGCUAAGACGUUACAAGAAGGACGUGGUGACUAUAAUUCAAGAGUAUUUCCUCUCCGAUGACAUUCCUGAGCUAAUCCGAAGUCUUGAAGAGUUAGGAUCACCUGAGUACAACUCGGUGUUCUUAAAGAAGCUGAUCACUCUUGCUAUGGAUAGGAAGAACAGAGAGAAAGAGAUGGCUUCUGUUCUUCUCUCUGCUCUUCACAUGGAGAUGUUCUCAACAGAAGAUUUCAUAAACGGAUUCACCAUGCUCUUAGAGUCCGCAGAGGACACAGCGUUAGACAUCUUAGACGCAUCCGACGAGCUUGCUCUGUUUCUAGCUCGAGCUGUGAUCGACGAUGUCUUGGCUCCACUUAACCUGGAAGAGAUCUCAAGCAGCUUACCUCCAAAGUCAACCGGCAGCGAAACCAUCCGCUCAGCUCGGUCUCUGAUAUCCGCUAGACACGCAGGAGAGAGACUCCUGAGAAGCUGGGGUGGAGGAACGGGAUGGGCGGUGGAAGAUGCUAAAGACAAGAUAUGGAAACUUCUGGAAGAGUACGAGACAGGUGGAGUGAUAUCCGAAGCUUGUCAGUGCAUACGUGAUCUAGGGAUGCCGUUUUUCAACCACGAGGUGGUCAAGAAAGCUUUGGUGAUGGCCAUGGAGAAGAAGAACGAUGGGAUGCUAAAUCUCUUGGAGGAGUGUUUUGCUGAAGGGAUCAUUACAACUAACCAGAUGACAAAAGGGUUUGGUCGUGUCAAAGAGAGUCUUGAUGACUUGUCUUUGGACAUUCCUAAUGCUAAAGAGAAAUUUAACUCGUAUGUAACGCAAGCUGCCGAGAAGUGUUGGCUACAUAGCGGUUUCGGCUGUCCUGCUGCAGAUUUCCUGACCUGAUUCUGAAUCUCUCUAUGUAUAAUAUGGUAUACGUAGAGAUGAAGUUUGGUUGGUUCAUCAAGAGUGGGAUGUUUGUGUUUUUAAGGUGUUCUUUUUUACUGAUUUUACUUGUAGACAUUGCAUACAGAAAGUAUCUUACUGAGUCUGAGACUCGGGAAAUAUAAGUACAAGCAAAUUACUUAUC